UCUGGUUUGUUUCUGUUCUCUAAGCUCAGUAAAACGAAGAUACACAAUCAGAAAAGAAAGCAGAAUCAGUUUAUUGAGUUGGAAAUGACUUAUUUUAUUCUGUCAAUGGAGUCUUUUAUUUUUCUAUUUUCGUGUGAUUUAAGUUCAUAGUUUUGUUGGUCAUCUAGGACUGAAAUCAAAUAAGUAGAAGAGGAAGACUAUUUAAGGGCAAAACAAAGAACUGGGAGAAGAAACUGGAUUAUUUUUCAAUGUGUCUUUCACAAAAGAUGGAAGUGAAAAGGGCAGGAUAACCACAGGUUAACGCAAACACCGCAAGGCCAAUUUUCUUUCAAUGCUACUAUGGCCAAUGAGGAAGAUGACCCUAUUAUACAAGAGAUUGACGUCUACCUGGCCAAAAGUCUUUCGGAAAAACUGUAUCUAUUCCAGUAUCCUAUUCGUCCAGCUUCGAUGACCUACAAUGAAGUUACUCAUCUCACGGCGAAGAUCAAACCAAAGCAACAAAAGGUUGAACUGGAAAUGGCCAUUGAUACGUCAAACUCCAACUACUGUCGUAGCAAAGGGGAACAAAUUGCUCUCAACGUAGACGGCACAUGUACGGACGAGACCAACACUUAUUCUUCGAAGUUGAUGGACAAGCAAACAUUCUGCUCCUCGCAAACCACCAGCAACAUUUCACGAUACGCUGCUGCUAUCUACAAAAGAGGGGAACUUCACCUGACUCCCUUGCAUGGGAUCCUGCAAAUGCGGCCAAGUUUUGCCUACCUGGACAAAGCAGAUGCGAAAUACCGAGAACGUGAAGCUGCUAACGAGCAUGGGGAUUCUUCCCAGGAUGAGGUUGAGGAAGACGUGAAGCAAAUCACGGUGAGGUUCUCCAGGCCUGAGUCGGAGCAGGCCCGCCAACGGCGAGUUCAAUCUUACGAAUUCCUGCAGAAAAGACAAGCAGAAGAGCAUUGGGUUCACCUCCAUUAUUACGGUUUGAAGGACAGCCGUUCCGAGCACGAGCGCCAGUAUUUAUUCAGCCAAGGUCACAGCAUGGCUGGGAACACGGAAUUAAUUAAAUCGCCAAGUGAAUAUUUGAUGAUGCUGGUUCCACCUAGCGUAGAAGAAGAAAAGGAAAAACCAGUAGCGCCAAGCAAUGUGCUGCCUAUGGCUCAGUUGCGAACGCUCCCUUUGGCCGACCAGAUUAAAAUUCUGAUGAAAAAUGUGAAAGUCAUCGCCUUUGCUAGUUUAAUGAGCCUCCUGGCCUCUGGGACGGAUCCGACUGCAGUUUUGCGAAGCAUCCAGCAGGUGGCGCUGCUGGUCCAAGGGAACUGGGUGGUGAAAAG